AACUUCAAGGUAUAAUAAACGUAUACACCAAAUAUAAACACAAAAACAUAUAUCCAUUCAUAGUCAAUCUAAGAGAACAAAGAGAUGCAGGUUGAGAUUGAAGAGAAGUUUGAAGAUUGGAGAGGUAAAGAGGCAAUUUCUGGCAAACAUGGUGGGAUUAAAGCUGCUUUCAUUGCUUGUGUUGUAGAGACGAUGGAGAAUAUGGUGUUCUUAGCAUAUUCAACCAACUUCAUGAUGUACUUUACAAAAUCAAUGAAUUACUCAUCACCCAAAGCAGCAACCAUGGUGACUAAUUUCAUAGGAACAUCGUUUUUGCUCACUAUUUUCGGUGGUUUUGUUGCGGACUCUUUUCUCACUCGCUUCGCCGCUUUUGUCCUCUUUGGUUUCAUUGAACUCCUGGGUUUGAUCAUGUUGACACUCCAAGCUCAUAUCACUAAGUUACAACCUCAAGGAGGUAAAAAACCUUCGACUCUUCAAUCAACGGUUCUAUUCACCGGACUUUAUGCAAUAGCUAUUGGUGUUGGAGGUGUCAAGGGGUCGUUGCCUGCUCAUGGAGGCGACCAGAUUGGAACUAGAAACCAGAGGCUGAUCUCAGGAUUCUUCAAUUGGUAUUUCUUCUCUGUCUGCCUUGGAGGUUUCUUGGCCGUUACCUUUAUGGUUUGGAUCGAGGAGAACAAAGGAUGGAGCACAAGCUUCAAUAUUUCUACCGCGGUUUUAGUCUCUGCGAUCUUCAUUUUCGUUGUGGGAUGCCCGAUGUAUCGAUUCAAGCGCCCAGCAGGAAGUCCUUUGACCAGAAUUGUGAAUGUGUUUGUUUCUGCCACAAGAAACCGAAAUAGGUUUUUGAAUAAAGCAAAGCUCAACAACAAGAUCUCUGCAACACAAGUUGAAGAAACAAGAACGUUUCUAGCUCUUCUACCAAUAUUUGCGAGCACAAUUGUAAUGAACUGUUGCGUCGCACAAAUGGGAACCUUCUCCGUUCAACAAGGCAUGGUGACAAACAGAAAACUCUCGCGUUCCUUUGAGAUCCCCGUGGCUUCCCUCAAUGCCAUUCCUCUACUGUGCAUGCUCUCUUCUUUAGCUUUAUUCGAGCUUUUCGGCAAAAGGAUCUUAUCCAAUAGCGAAAGAUCGUCCAGCUUCAACUUGAAACGUAUAGGAUCCGGUUUAGCUCUCACGUCUAUUUCAAUGGCGGUUGCAGCCAUUGUAGAGGUCAAAAGAAAACAUGAAGCGGUUCACAACAACAUCAAAAUUUCUGUGUUCUGGUUAGAGCUUCAAUUUGUUUUGUUGAGUUUCUCGGAUAUGUUGACUGUUGGAGGUAUGUUAGAGUUCUUCUUUAGAGAAUCUCCAGCGAGUAUGAGGAGCAUGAGCACCGCGUUAGGGUGGUGCUCUACCGCAAUGGGUUUCUUCCUCAGCUCGGUUCUUGUUGAGGUCGUUAAUGGCAUCACGGGAUGGCUCCGCGACGAUCUUAAUGAGUCCAGGCUCGAACUGUUUUAUGUGGUUUUAGGUGUUCUUAAUACCCUUAAUCUUUUUAAUUAUAUUUUCUGGGCGAAAAGAUAUUAGGCAAAAGAACAAAGUAUGUUGUCUUGUCUAUAGAGAACUCCUUAAUCUAGGUAAGUUGCUAUGCAUGUAGUGGAAGUCUAAACCAAGUGAUUAAGUUGCGUAAUGGUUUUUUUUGUGUGUGGUGGUUUUCAAGUUGGUUGAUGUGUCAUGUAAUAAUGGGAAGAAAUAGUUACUACCCCA